UUUUUUUUAAAAAAAAAGAAAAAAGAAAAAAAUAUAUUUUUUUUUCUUUGAUUGCACCCUUUGCAUCCUUGCAUCUAAGAAAUCUCCUUUUUACGACUCUUUUUUCCUAAGAAAAUAUAUUCCAUCAAUAAAAAAAAAAAAAAUAUUUUAUACUUUCUUUUUUUAGUAUACUUGAAGUAUCAAAAAUUUAACGAUCCAAGAAAUUUUUCACAAGAUAAAACCCUAUAAAACCCUAGCUUCUUAAGAAAUUAAUGCUUUUUCAAAUUUUUAUUCAAAUUUUUAUUCAAAUUUUUUACUUAAUAAAUCUUACCAUAUUUUACCGAAUCUUACCAUAUUUUACAAUUCUUUUACCCAAACUUGCAAUGAAUAACACUACUUCUACUUCUAUUGUUGUCGAAUCUCCAAUUUUGACUAGACGUCGCAAAAUUUUUGGUACUUGUAAAGGAUGUAAUCAACCAAAUACUAAUUUUAACGAAUGUGAUUAUUGUAUCAAAUGGUUAAAGGAACAAGAAUCAACCCUUAAAUCAAUUAUUAUCCAACGUAAAUCUUUAAUUUAUAAUCAAAGCUGUUAUAAUUGUAAUCAACCAAAUCAUCUGCAUUAUAAGAUUGCAGCAUGUAAUAAUUGCGGCUUUCCUGAAUACAAUGUACAAGAUUUACGUAGUGUAGCUGUUGAAGAUAUUUAUGAUGAUGAAGAUUAUGAUCAUGAUGAUGAUGAUGAGAAUGAAUUUACUGGAAUAAAAAUUUCUGAUCUAUCAUGUUCUAAAUGUGAUCAUCCUAUGACAAGUUGGUUAAAAUGUCCUGAUUAUAAUGAAAUUAUUGAUAUGAUCUGUUUUGAAUUAAAUGAAAUGAAUUUUGAUGACCCUGAUUAUCAAAAAUUAUGGGAAGCUAAAGAGAACUAUGAAGAAUUGCUUCAACAAGAACAAGAUGAUGACCAAUGGGUAACUGAAGAUGAAGUUAAUCAAGAUUAUGAUGAUUAUGACAAUGAAGAAGAAUACGAACAAUAUGAUGAAAUCAUCGAACCAAGAACCGUAUUAUCCAUACUUGGUUUACAAAAGCAAUAUCAAAAUUAUUUUCAUCCUUCAAGUUUGCAGGAUCAAACAAAAUGUUUAUCUUUAUGUCUAAAGAUCAAGGUUUAAAAAAAAUUACAUACAAUUAUUACAUGCAACUAUUACAUGCCACUAUUACAUGCAAUUAUUACAUGCAACUUAUUACAUGCAACUAUUACAUACCACUAUUACAUGCAAAUAUUACAUGCAAUUAUUACAAUUAUUACAUGCGUUAAUAAGGGUACUUUUAUAUUUUUUGGAGGGAAUAAAUUUCAUGCAAUAAUAAGGGUACUUAUUGGGAUAAUCUUAUAAUCGGUUACUCUAUAUAUAUUUUUUUAUUAUUUUUGUUAUUUCCAUUUUGUAUUUUGAUUUUUCUUCUUAUUUUAUUAUAACGUACAUCAACAAAUUAUAAAAAAAAU